AGAGAGAGAGAGUCACAUCGUUCGGAGCGAGAAAGCUUGAGACUUUCUCUUUCCUCUCUCUCUCUCUCUUCCCCCCCAACCAAAACCAAACGGACCCACUUGCCAUCUUCAUUAAAAUUAGAGCUAAAGCUCUCAAUCAGCUGCUCAAUCAUGGAGACCAAGACAAGCGUUCAGCUUCAAGCUCAGGCCAACCACCAUAACCACAGCCGGCAACAGCAGCAGCAGCCGCAGCAUCACAGGAACGCCAUGAACAAAUCCUCAUCGCGGAACUCCGAGUCCUCAGCGUACCCCGACUCGCCGCUCCGGUUCCACUCCCCGCUCCGAUCCGAGACGGAGUCCCCGCCGUACGCCUCCCCGGCGGCGUACCUUGAGAGGCCGGAUAACUCCAAGGCCAUCGUCGUCAUCGACAAGCAGACCCAGUGCUCUCCGUCUCCUCUCCGGCCAUCGGUCCCCAAAAGGGAGAGCCGGAAUCAUCCGACUGCGGCGGAUGGGAACGCGCCUGCCUCAGCAAGGAAGCCGGCGACAGGAGGCGGAGGAGGGGAGGACGGGAAAUCGGAGGCGGUGACGACCAUCCUGAGGAGAUCGAGAGCUAGGGACAUGAUGAAAAAGGCAAUGCUUUGGGCGAGGGUCCUGGAGGCGGCUAUCUGCAUGAGCUCCUUUGCAGUAAUGGCGGCCGAUAAGACUCAGGGAUGGAGCGGCGAUUCCUUUGAUCGUUAUAGAGAAUACAGGUUCUGUCUAACCAUAAAUGUUAUCGGAUUCGUAUAUUCGGGAUUCCAAGCAUACUGCUCAGCCUACCAUUUGAUCACUGGGAAACAUGUGAUCGGGCACCACCUUCGUCGUCACUUCGAUUUCUCCAUGGAUCAGAUCCUAUCAUAUCUGCUAAUAUCGGCAUCAUCGGCGGCAGCAACCCGGGUCGAUGACUGGGAGACGAACUGGGGGAAGGACCAAUUCACCCAGAUGGCCAGUGCCUCAAUUGCUCUGGCAUUUCUAGCAUUCUUGGCUUUUGCAUUCAGCUCCCUCCUCUCGGGUUACGGCCUCUGGACCCGGGAUUUUACGUGAUCCAGGGAGCACUCGAUCGGAUCUUCUCCUUCGAUUCUUUCUUGUUUUCUUCCUUCUCUAAAGUUGUACAGGUAGGCAUAGUCUGCUAUCUCUCUCUCUUCCCCCUUCCUCAUACGAACAAUAAUUAAUCAGGGAUCCAUCAAUGAAGUUCCCUGGAGGUGAAACCCAGUGGACGUUCUCUACGAUCAAUCUUCCAUCCUGUAAACUUGUACUUGGUCUUUCACUUUAGAUUUGUAAUUAUGAACCUUGAGAGGAACAUUUGUGCCAGUUUUUCGACAUGUCGUCAAAUGAUAGAUUUGUCCUCUUUUAAUCCCA